AUGUCUGGCCUUGGCCACGCCCUCCUCUGCCUCCUAGCAGGGUCUCUCCUGGGGGGCCCCGGGGUUUCUGCGCUUCCCGCCGCCGAGUGGCGGAAGCAGUCCAUCUACCAGGUCGUCACCGACAGAUUCGCCCGGACCGACCUCUCAACGACGGCGCCCUGCAACACGGCCGAUCAGGCUUACUGUGGGGGCACGUGGAAAGGACUGAUAUCCAAGCUCGACUACAUCCAAGGGAUGGGGUUCACGGCCGUGUGGAUCUCCCCGGUCGUGAAGCAGAUCGAUGGCAACUCUAAGGACGGGUCGUCCUACCACGGCUACUGGGCGCAGGACAUUUGGGCGGUCAACCCGGCCUUCGGAACUGCCGACGACCUAGUGGAGCUGUCUAGAGAGCUGCACUCCAGGGGCAUGUAUCUCAUGGUCGACAUCGUCACGAACCACAUGGCGUACAUGGGUUGCGGUACAUGCGUCGACUACAGCCAGUUUAACCCCUUCUCCUCGUCAUCGUAUUAUCACCCGUAUUGCUCCAUCAACUACGACAAUCAGACGUCUGUCGAAGUGUGUUGGCAAGGCAGCGACAUUGUCAGCUUACCGGAUCUGCGCACCGAGGACGAUAACGUGCGACGCAUCUGGAACGAUUGGGUGGCCCAGCUGGUCUCUAACUAUUCCGUUGACGGCCUUCGAGUUGAUAGCGCAAAACACGUCGAGACGUCCUUCUGGCCCGGUUUCUCAGACGCAGCGGGUGUCUAUCUCCUGGGCGAAGUCUUCCACGGAGACCCCGCAUACGUGGCUCCUUACCAGGACUAUUUCGACGGAGUGCUCGACUAUCCUAGUUACUAUUGGGUACUCAGAGCAUUCCAGUCCACCAGCGGGAGUAUUAGCGAGCUUGUUUCUGGUCUCAACAAUCUGCAGAAUACUGCACGAGACCUCAGCCUGUACGGCUCUUUUCUGGAGAACCACGACGUGGAGAGAUUCCCGUCUUUCACCAAGGAUAAGGCACUUGCAAAAAAUGCGAUCGCCUUUACGAUGCUCAAAGACGGCAUCCCGAUCAUUUACCAAGGGCAGGAGCAGUACUACGCGGGCUCCGGAACCCCUUCGAACCGCGAGGCGCUCUGGACUUCCGGCUAUUCGACGAGCUCGGAGUUCUACCAAUGGAUCACCAAACUCAAUCAGAUUCGGGCACGAGCCAUAGCACAGGACAAGGACUAUCUCUCCUACAAGAGCAAAUCCAUCUACUCGGAUAGCCACACCAUCGCCAUGCGCAAGGGCAACGCCGGGUACCAGGUCGUGAGCAUAUUCACUAACGUUGGGGCAUCAUCCUCGGCGUCCGUCACUCUGGCUUCGUCUGCCACGGGCUUCGAGGCGAACCAGGCGCUCGUCGACGUCCUGAGCUGCACCGCCUAUACCACAGACUCGAACGGCGGCCUCACCGUGACCCUGGCCGACGGGCUCCCGCGCGUGCUGUAUCCCAAACCUCGUCUCGCCGGCAGCGACCUCUGCCAGGACUCGGAUACCGGGGUCACCACGACCCCUGGAGCAACGCCGGUGCCGACAACCUCCGCAGGUAAGAGCGGCCCCGCUUGCACCCUGUCUGCCGUCGACAUCACCUUCAACGAACUGGUGACCACCGUGUGGGGGGAGACGGUCAAGGUCGUCGGCAACGUUCCCGAACUCGGCAACUGGAACCCUGCCAGCGCAGUCACACUCGACGCGUCGCGAUACACAUCGAGCAAUCCGCUGUGGUCUGUCGUCGUCCGGCUUGCCCCCGGGACAGCGAUUGAGUACAAGUACAUCAAGGUGAGCCAGUCCGGGACGGUGACUUGGGAGGCGGAUCCAAAUCGCACCUACAAUGUCCCCUGCGCGACCGCAACUGUGAGCAGCACCUGGAGAUGA